AUGCCUCAAAAAAACUUUCACCAAACUAUCAUAAUUGGUGCCGGAAUAAGCGGUCUCAAAUCUUCAAUAGAGCUCACAAAAAAUGGCGUGGAUAACAUAAUUAUAGAGGCACGUGACAGACUCGGAGGAAGAUUACAUACAAUUAAGACGAAGACAGGAAUUCCGAUGGAUCUUGGUGCUUCGUGGUUUCACGAUUGCCUAGUCAAUCCACUUCUUAAGAAGACCUUCGAUAAAGGCAACGUUGAUUUCUAUUAUGAUGAUGGCAAAUGGGACAUUGUUACAAAGAAACACGGUGUAGUGAGUGACAAUUUAAAACUUAGGCCGGUUGCAGAUGAAGUUAAUGCAUACUUGAAGGAAAUUUGUACCAAGAAGUACACCCCUGCCACAGAUGUUAGUGUGAGAGAAGCAUGUUACGAUUAUUUGAAACAGAAAAAGUUUACACUUACCAAAGAGCAAUUGGAAUAUGCACCACAGUUGGUGAGAUACUUUGAACUUUGGAUUGGAUCUUCAUGGGAUCUUCUUUCGGCUCGAUGCAUCAGUGAAGAUGCUCAUUAUGGUAGAAAUGCCAUGGUGACAAAUGGCUACAUAAAAUUUUACAAUGAUGAGCUAGAAGAGCUAUUCAAAUUAAAAGGCCAUUCUGAAACUUCACAAUUGAUAGAAAAUGGGAACAUCCUUCUUAACAAGUGUGUCUACAAGAUCACUUUUGACGAUAAAGCUAAGCGGAUUCACAUCUAUACUCGUGAUAGGGUUUCCAAAACAAUUGAAGAAUUUGAAUGCGAAUAUUUGAUUUGCUCAAUUCCAUUGAGUGUUCUUAAGCUUCAGGAUUAUGCACAAGAGGGAGCAAUACAAUGGCAGCCACCUCUUCCUAUUGAUAUCAGAGCAAAAUUGGAUAGAAUUAGCUUCUCAUCUCUAGGCAAAGUUUUCCUCGAGUUCAGUGACUGCUUUUGGCCAAAUAAAACAGACAGAUUUUUGUGCCUUGCAGAGCCCGACGACACUUUAACUGAUGCUAUUGAGAAUGGAACCAAGAUCACAUUCUCCAAGAAUAGGGAUUCUUCAUGGUACAAAAUAGACCCAAGAUCCAGCCCAGAUCCUUUCAAGUAUAGUGUCUUAUUUAUGAACUUAUCAAGAGCUGCGAAGGUGCCCGUUCUUCUUGCAUUGAUUGCAGAGCCACUUACUCAAUACAUUGAGAGCAGCUCAAACGAGAAGGUCUGGCAAUUUUUCGAGCCGUUAGUUGCUAAUAUUAGUGGAAAGAAGACCAUUCCAGCCCCGAUUAGCAUUCAUCAUACCGUCUGGUCCAGUGACCCAUUUUCUAGAGGAUCAUACACAGGAUUGACAAUUGGAGAUGACCCGGAUGCGUGCGUUGAUUCGCUUAUAGAGGUAAAAGAUAUCUUUGAUGGUACAGGAAGAGUUAGAUUUGUUGGAGAAGGUGUCACAAAGGAAGCCAGUGGAUGUGUUCACGGUGCAUGGAUGUCUGCCAAGAAAGAGGCGGGCAAGAUCGUGAGCAAGAUCAACAGAAGUAAAUUAUGA